CCCGCCUGGGGGUCGUUGGUCGCGCGGGACCCUGUCCCCUCCAGCGUCGUCUGCCUACCCGAGUCGUGUCCUGCAGGUCAGCGUGGGAGCCCAGCCACUGAACCAUGUCAGGCCCCAGACAGCCUGCAGCGAGUCCAACCUCAGCACCCACAUAGUCAUGAACAGCCACAGCCAUAAUGGCUGUGGGGGGCGGCCACUGGGCGGUGGGCCGGGGGCCUUAGGCCGAGACCCUCUGGACCCAGAGGCCGGCCACCCCCCACAGCCCCCACACAGCCCAGGCUUCCAGGUGGUGGUGGCCAAGAACGAGCCGGGCCAGCUCUCACCUGGCAGCUCCCGGGGGCAGCCCCAGGACCAAGAAGAGGAGGAAGAUGAUGAGGAAGAUGAGGUGGGUGGGCAGAGGGGCUCAGGGAAGCCUCCCAAUGUGGGCCACCGCCUGGGCCACCGGCGGGCACUCUUCGAGAAGCGGAAGCGCCUCAGCGACUAUGCCCUCAUCUUCGGCAUGUUUGGCAUCGUUGUCAUGGUGACAGAGACGGAGCUGUCCUGGGGGGUCUAUACCAAGGAGUCCCUGUACUCAUUCGCACUCAAAUGCCUCAUCAGCCUCUCCACGGUUAUCCUGCUGGGCCUAGUUGUCCUCUACCAUGCUCGGGAGAUCCAGCUGUUCAUGGUGGACAACGGGGCAGAUGACUGGCGCAUCGCCAUGACGUGCGAACGUGUCCUCCUUAUCUCCCUGGAGCUGGCCGUGUGUGCCAUCCACCCUGUGCCUGGCCACUACCGUUUCACGUGGACGGCGCGGCUGGCCUUCACGUACGCACCCGCAGCGGCCGAGGCAGACGUGGACGUGCUGCUCUCCGUGCCCAUGUUCCUGCGCCUUUACCUGCUGGGGCGCGUUAUGCUGCUGCACAGCAAGAUCUUCACCGACGCCUCGUCCCGCAGUAUCGGGGCGCUCAACAAGAUCACUUUCAACACGCGCUUCGUCAUGAAAACGCUCAUGACCAUCUGCCCAGGCACCGUGCUGCUCGUUUUCAGCAUCUCCUCCUGGAUCAUCGCUGCCUGGACCGUGCGCGUAUGCGAGAGGUACCACGAUAAGCAGGAAGUGACCAGCAACUUCCUGGGGGCCAUGUGGCUAAUCUCCAUCACCUUCCUCUCCAUCGGCUACGGCGACAUGGUGCCCCACACCUACUGCGGGAAGGGUGUGUGCCUGCUCACCGGUAUCAUGGGGGCUGGCUGCACGGCGCUUGUGGUGGCCGUAGUGGCCCGGAAACUGGAGCUCACCAAAGCAGAGAAGCAUGUGCACAACUUCAUGAUGGACACGCAGCUCACCAAGCGGGUAAAAAAUGCCGCCGCUAACGUUCUCAGGGAGACGUGGCUCAUCUACAAACACACCAGGCUGGUGAAGAAGCCAGACCACGCCCGGGUUCGGAAACACCAGCGUAAGUUCCUCCAAGCCAUCCAUCAGCUCCGGAGUGUGAAGAUUGAGCAGGGGAAGCUGAAUGAUCAGGCCAACACGCUUGCCGACCUGGCCAAGACACAGAAUGCCAUGUACGACCUCAUGUCGGAGUUGCACGCUCAGCACGAGGACCUUGAGGCCCGUCUGGCUGCUCUCGAAAGCCGCCUGGAUUCACUGGGGACCUCCCUGCAGGCCUUGCCUGGCCUCAUUGCCCAAGCCAUACACCCACUGCCCCCCCCACCCCUGCCUCCAUGGCCUGGCCCCCCGGACUGGGCAACCCGGAACCCCCCAUGCCAGCGGCCGCCCGUGACCCCUUCAGAUUGCGGGUGAUGGCCCUGCACACCACCGGACCCCACAGUCUUGGCCAUCGUGUGGCCAGCACCAACAUGCCAUCCAGGAAGCCCUGUCCAAUGGCACCUCUUGGAGUUCAAAGAGCCAGAGCUGAGUUGGGCAGAGUGGCCGGGGACCCACCCCACCCAGACUGUCUGGGCAGAGG